AUGCAAACUUUGUAUAUCUCUUUGGAUCUUUGGGAUAUCUUGGAGAAUACGUAUGCCGAGCCACCAGAAGAAGCUACGAGUGAAUCGUGGAGUGAAGCACAACAAAAAAUUUACAAGGAGAAUAUUCAGAGAGAUGCAAGUGCCUUGAGAUAUCUUCAACAAGGCGUGAGUAAAACCAUUUUUCCAAGAAUAUUUGGAGCAAAAAAGGCAAAAGAAGCUUGGGAUAUUCUACAACAAAGUCUUAAAGGAGAUGAUAAAGUCACUUCUUUAAAACUCCAAUCUCUUUGGAGAGAUUUCGAUAACAUGGCAAUAGAAGAAGGCGAUGGAAUGCAAUCCUUUCUUUCCAAAGUUGCUGAAAUCGUCAACCAAAUUCGAAGCCUUGGUGACGUUAUUGAAGAACUUCAUGAGGAAAGGUUGAAUAGGUCAUCAAAUCAGCCCGUGGAUCAAGCUUUUCAGUCGAAACUUCAUAUUUCGGACAAGAAAAGUUCAAGAUGGCAAGGUGGAAGAGGCGGCUUCAACAACAAAGGAAAAAGAUGCAAGAGCUGCAAGAAUACGGACCACUCUUAUUCUAAAUGUCCAAGAAAAAAUAAAGACGACAAAGACGAAGCAAACUUCUCCAAGCAUGAAGAAGACCAACUCUUUUCUUGCAUGAAUGGGCAAAAAGAGUUCGAGAACGUGUGGUAUGUCGAUAGCGCAUGUAGAAACCACAUGUGUGGUGAUCGUAGUAUCUUUGUGGAGAUAGAUACUAAUCACUAUUCAAAAAUAAAACUUGGAGACGGAAGCAUUCUUGAAGCAAGAGGAAAAGGCGCAAUUGAUGUUAACAAAAAUGGAGGCAAUCAAAAGCUCAUUAAAGAUGUUCUUUUCGUUCCGAGCAUCACUCAAAAUUUAUUGAGCGUCGGCCAACUCAUGCAAAAAGGUUAUCGGUUACUUUUUGACGAUAACGCAUAG